GAGGCCCCCAACCCAACCCCACUUUUAUUGUCUAUUCAAUCCCUAAUUCAAAAAUCGUCUUUCUCUUCUCUCUCUCUCUCUCUCUCUCUCUCUCUCUAAACCCUUGCUCACCAAGCUAAAGCUACAGGCUAAAGCAGCUCGAGCUGGAGUGAGGAAGAAGAUGACGACGACGAUGAGGAGGAGGAGGAGGAGGAGCUCGUGAUUCAUCAUCAUCCACACGCGCGUACGUAUAUAUAUGGAAGAGAAAGACCAACCCCAUCAUCAUCGUCAACACCACCAUCAUCAACACCACCAUCGCCAUCAACAACAACAGAAUCAAGAUCGGCAUCCCCAGCAGCGGAGCAGGAUGAUGAUGACGGAAGAAGCUCCAUCAAUGGCGAAUUCCUUAUUCCCGGAGGAACCCAUGAUGCCAAACUACAACAUCUUCGACAUGCCCGUCGACGAGGUCGAGAAGGGCUUCCUGGACCUGCUCGCCAUCCCCGACAAUUUCGACAUCGCCCCUCCUCCCGCCCCUGCCUCCGCCUCCGCCGCCGCCGCCGCAGCCACCGUGGCCACCUCUUCUUCCUUGCUAUUGGAUUUGCUCCACCAUCACUACCAGCCCCCGCCCCCGCCGCAGCCGUCGCCUUCCUCGCAGCAGCAGCCGCUCCCCUCGCCGGCGUCCACCGUGCCGGAGACGUCGUCGGAGGUGGUGAACAACCCGGCGACGCCGAACUCGUCGUCGGUGUCGCUGUCGUCGAACGAAGCGGCGGGCAAUGAUGAGGAGGAGCGAGAGGCCAACAAGACCGCGGAAGAGGAGGGAGAGCAGAAUCAAGAUAAGACUAAGAAACAGUUGAAACCCAAGAAGAAGAACCAGAAGAGGCAAAGGGAGCCGAGAGUUGCCUUCAUGACCAAGAGCGAGGUCGAUCACCUCGACGACGGCUACCGGUGGCGGAAGUACGGCCAGAAAGCCGUCAAGAACAGCCCUUAUCCCAGGAGCUACUAUCGUUGCACUAGUGCAGGGUGUGGAGUGAAGAAGAGGGUGGAGAGAUCUUCCGAUGAUCCCUCCAUCGUCGUCACCACCUACGAGGGCCAACACACCCACCUCAGCCCCGCUGCGCCGAAGAGCGGCCUUGGCAUACUCCAAUCAGAAGCCACUGCUGCCGCCUCCUACCGCGGCGCUCUUCCGGCAACCGCAGCCUCGUUUCUGAUCCAGGAUCACUACAACCGCCAGCAAUUGCAACCCCUUAACGUGCCUUACUCUUUCACUUCGCGUCCCUCUAAUUUGAGCCUCCUUACUAGCGGCACCAGCAUGACUACUUCAGCGCAGCCUAGCUUUAGUCCCUCGUCAUUCCCGAGGUUUUACGAAGAGAAACGCUUCCUCCCCGUGCCGUCAUCGACCUCGCCAUCAUCGGGUUUGGAUUUGGCGAGGGAUCAUGGGCUGCUUCAGGACAUUAUCGUGCCGUCACAGCUGAGGAAUAAGCAGGAGCCAAAAGAGGAGUGACAUAACCACAGGAUGAUGAUAUAUGCAUGUUCAUCUAAGUUGUGUUAAUUUCACUGGUAUGUAGUUUCUCUCCCUAACCAGUUCAUUUUUUUUUUUUUUUUUGUAGCCUUGUUACGGGGUCUGUAUCUUCUUUUCUAGGAGUACCCAUUUCACCAUUGCAUGCAAUUGGUGCCUUGUUUUGGGAUUUUUCUCUCUGUAAAAUGAUUUAGAGUUUUAGCAAUUGGAGUAAUUUAGUCUUAUGGGCACUUAUGAUUUUGACCUUUCUCUUUCGUCAUUUGUAUUAAAACGUACGACUAAGUUAUGGAGGCAUUCAGUCCUGUAUCUCCAAACUUUUUUGUUCAGUUUAUUCCAAUUCUUGUUCUUUC